AAAACCAAUGCAAUAUAUGUUGAUGUGCUAUUGCAUCAUCACCAUCAUCAUCAUCGUCGUCUUAUAACACGUUGAACAAAAUGAAUAAAUCAGAAGAUAAUAAUAAUGGCAUUGAAUCAACAUUUACCGUGAAAUUAAAUUAUUUUCCAUUGCAUUUUUCACCAAUCGUAAUCUACAAAUAUGAUGUUCAAAUCACACCUCCUAUUAAUCGUGAAGAAGUCUCUUUUAAAAUUAUUAUGCAAUACAUGAAGCAGAAUUCACCAACCUUUUUUGGAUGCUAUUAUGAAGAUGGUUUUAUCUAUUCACGUAGAUCAAUUUUCCCGAAUCAAAUUCGAAGAAAUAAUAUUGUCAAUUUCAAUAAUCGUUAUAUAAUAAGCUUAAAAAAUUCUGGUAAAUUCUAUUCAUUAAAUGAGGCCGGAUUGAAUUUGGAAAAAUUUUUUCAUUUUCUUAUAUUGAAGAACAAAAAAAUUACCAACACAGAUAUUUUCAUCCAAAAGGAAUAUCCAUUUCCAGAAGAUGGAAUUUCAAUUAUUGCUGGAUUUCGAAUAUCAAUCACUGAAAUGCCUGAAUCACUAAUUAUAGUAUCAAAACAAACAAUAAUAUACGAUGGAAAAACUCAAGCUUCACUUAGACCCUUUGAAUUGCCUGAAGAAGCUAACAAAGCAUUCUCUAAAGAGUUAAAUUGUAGUCCGGAGGAGGAAUACGAAUUCAUCAAUGAAUGUCGUAAAGAGAUAGCCGAAUGUGCGGAUUCAUUUGGAAUUAAAAUUGACCCUAAACCGCUCGAAACAAAUGGGUCAAUACUUUGUCACCCAAAAAUGAUUCCUGACAGCCCGAAUAAGCCAUUCUACAUUAAACCGUCUGGAACGAUUAAUAUGGCCAUUUUAUCCUUCGUUCCAUUCGAUUCGGAAAAAAUGAAAGAAUUCGAAACAAAGUUCAUAGAGAAAACAAAAUUUUUUGGAAUCAAUUUAGAAAAACGCUUCGAAACUCAAUUAGUGGACGUUCAAAAUGCUUCGGAAAUCGAUACGGUUUUUCAAAAUUUGAAUAUUCGAGACAUAAAUUUUGUUCUUAUCGGACUUUCUGCUCGUAUGUUAUUUUAAUAUAUACAAAACAAUUUUAAUAAUUAUCAACUCAUUUUUGAUUCUUAUUAUUCAGAUUCUAGAAUGGAUUAUAUCUUUGAAAAGGUCAAAUCUUAUGCAACUAGCUGCCAUGGAGUAGUUACUCAAGUUUUUCUAACCGAAAACUUUCUCUUGAAUGAUACCAUGCCAGAAUUCUUCAACAGUCUUGCAAUUAAAUCUUGUUUGAAAUUAGGCGGUCAGCCAAAUAUAAUCGACCCAAGAUAUUGGAACGCUUUUUCAUUCGAUCCCGAAUCAACCAUGAUGGUUGGAGUAUCGUAUUACCAAUUCAAGCUCGAUAAUAUUGGAAAAAACCUUUUCUCUCAUUCAAUUGUAGCAUCAAUGGAUGCUAAUUUUUGUCAAAACAUCUCUAUCGAACGUGUUUCAGUAAAGCCAAACGACAAAAAACUCUAUAAAGAAAUAUUCCAGAAUUUAUUGAAAGAAUAUCAUAAAGAACAUGACAUAUACCCCGAAAAUAUUAUCGUUUUUCAUGAAAAAAAAUACAUUGAUUUGAAAUCUGUGGCCGAAUCAAUUAAUAAAAAAGUUAAGGUAACAAGCCUUUUGAUUGAUAAAAAUUCCCCCAUACGUUUAUUUAAAAAUAAUGGUGAAAAAGUACCGAUCGGUACUAGUGUCAAUCUUGACUUCCAACAUUUAAAUCGUUUGGAAAAAGAAUUUGUUAUUUCCGCUGAGAUUGGAGCAGAAGCAAAACGAUACAAAUCGAUAAAAUACAAGAUUAUCAUUGAUGAUUCUAAAAUGCCUGAAGAUCACAUCAAACACCUUUGUUAUUCAAUGUGCCAUUUUUAUUUUGAAAAUUUCUACAUCAAUGAUGCGCCGUUUCCGUUGGAAUUGGCUCAUCAAUUUGCAAAAAAAGCAGCAAGAAGAUGCAUUGGACGUAAUGAAAUUAAUAAAGUUGAUUCCAUCGAAGAAAUUAUCGACAAUUUUUCACAAAUGGUCCGAGUUCAUGAUAAUCUAGAAUAUUCUGUAGAUGAAUAGUGAUAUUUCUCUUCUAAUUUAAAAAUUUUCAUUCAAUCAUGAUAAAUGUGAUGAAAUCUUUUCGUAUUUGAAUAAAUCUAAAUUUCAUUUUGGUGCUUA